AUCCAUGUCCCGUUUUAGAGGCGAACUGACAUAGCUGUCAUUUCCUGCCUGCUCAGUGAUCCCUGUGAAGGGAUGAGGCAAGAGUUCAAAAGCCAGAAGUAAAAGACUAGUCCUAGAGCUGUUGCUGGAGGAAGCUGGACUGAGAGCUCACAAAGAGCAGCUGCUGAAGAGCGCGUGUUGCUGCUAUCUGUACAAGCAGCUCAGAGCUGAAGUGGCACGCUCUUGAGCCAGCUUGGGAACCCGAGCUGCAGGCAGGCCUGUGUAGCAAGUUUGUCAGCUACAGCAGGAUUAGAUUGUGAUGGCGUUGGCACCUUUCAGACAAGUGAAAUGCUGGAUGAAGUUUUUCCAGUUGCCCUAAAGGCAGGUCAGCUUAAUCAGAGAGCGAGGGGACUGUCUGCCUCUAAGCUCUGUCCUCUAAGGCUUUAACCAAAGGACUGGGAAGCUGCCAUAUGAGGAUAGGCUGGGAGAGCUGGGUUUGUUCAGCCUUGAGAGAAGGAGGCUCAGAGGGGAUCUCAUCACCACGUACCAGUACUUAAGGGGCAGCUACAAAGGAGAUGGAGACUCCCUUUUUACACGGAGUCCCAUGGAGAGGACAAGGGGAAUGGACACAAGCUGCUGUUGGGGAGAUUCCGGUUGGACACGAGAGGGAAAUUUUUCACAGUGAGGACAGUCACCGUUGGAAUAAUCUCCCCAGGGAAGGGGUUGGCUCGGCCUCGUUGGACACCUUUAAGAGUCGUUUGGACAGGGUGCUGGGCCAUCUUGUCUAGGCUGUCCUAGACAAGGUUGGUCAUCCUAGAAAAGUUGGACUAGAUGAUCCCUAAGGUCCCUUCCAGCCUGGGAUUCUGGGAUUCUGUGAACCAAGCACUAAUCUGCCUUUAAACACAAGCUCCCCUGUUCUAUGGUGGAUUUGCAAGGACUCUUACUUUGACUUGUUUCAAAGCAAUCACAAGGUAAAAUGGAUACGUAUCUAGCCAUCAGCUUUUGGGGGCAGGGAUUGCUUCUGGAUUGCAGCUACAAGCAAGUACUGCGUGAAGAAGAAAAUAAAGAUCUGUUUAUGGUUAUGCCUAGAAUCUUGCCUGAGCCCUGGGCAGGUGGUGGUUUGAAAGCUAAUUAUUUUGCCUGUAACUAUGGCUACUUCAUAACUCACACAAAUGUUCCCCGUGAUGCUUCCACCAGAUUAGAGAUAAAGGAUUUCCUUCUUACACCAGACUAACCUCAUUAAGGAAAAUAUAGGAAACUUCCAUUGUUUGAAGUAAAAGGUGUUUCUUUCCCUACUCUGUGUUGGGUGAUAAGCUUAGGGUGAUAGAUGGGAACAGUGCAAAGCUGCUGUCUUGUCUGAGAAACUGGAUCCAUGUAUGGAAUGUCUGGGAAUGUUGGGAGAGAGGGUGUGCACACUCUUCUAGGGAAAUCCAGAGAGAAGACCAGCCCACUCAUUCAACACUCCUUUGGAAAGCACUGCCUAGUGAGCACCUCUGGGCAGCAGCAAAGCCUGUGUCGCUCUCGGGCAUCUCACCAUGCGGUUUUUCAGGAGAAGGCUCCCUAAAAUUCCCAGAGCCCUCAUUUGGCUCUUUGUUUUAACACACUUUUGCAUCUUCAUUGCUAAUUUCAGCUCCUUCUUUGGCUUGUCGAAGACAAGGAUUUUCAGGUAAGAGACCUACUUCCCCCAAUGUGGCCCAGAUAUGCUACAAGUGGACGCCCAAGAGCAACAGGGCUGAAACUAUUCUGAUAAUGGGAACUCAAGAUGCUUUUUAAAGGUGACUGUGGGGAGAGACAUCACAAGGCUUGAAUAAGAUAUGGUUGAGAGGACACCGAGAUGGGAAGGAAAGGAGGGCCAGAAGAAAAUGAUGAAACCAGUUGCCAGGGUGGAGGAAGCCAAGGAGAAUGUGACUGUGAAACCACGCCCCAGGUUGGAGGGAAUCAAGAAGCUGACAGUGAUAACAGCCCCUAAGGUGCAGGGAAACAAGGAGAAAGCAACAGUGAGACCAGUCCCAGGGGUGGAGGAAGCCAAGGAAAAGACAAAUGUGAAACCACUUCCCAGGGUGGAAGGAGCCAAGGAGAAGGCAACAGUGAAACCAUCCUCUGGGGUGAAGUGAGCUCAUGAAAACAACAUAUCCAAAGACCAAACAAAGCCAAAAGAGUCUCCUGCAUCAGUGAAAGCUGUAAGACCUGUUCCUUAGGCUGCUGCAGUGACAGAGAUGAGAGCUGCUGACUUCAAGUCUGAGCCACAGUGGGAUUUUGAGGACAAGUACCUGCUGGACAACAUAUUUCCACCAUCAACCUGCUCUGCAUCAGUGAAGGCCAAAGCUGCCAAGUCUGACUGGCUGUGAGAUCUCCUGCCCAACGUCACGCUCUUCACAGACAAGAGGUACUUCAGUGACACUGAGUGGGGCCUCCUGGAGCAUUUUGCGUGCCUGUAUGGCUUCCUGGAGCUGAAUUAUUCACUGGUGGAGGAGGUCAUGUCCCUGCAGCCCCCAAAUCCCCACCAGCAGCUCCUCCUGGCCACCAGCCACAGCAGCAUGCCAAUAUGCAUCAGCUGUGCUGUCGUGGGGAACGGGGGAAUAUCAAAUAACUCUGGGAUAGGCCAGGAGACUGACUCCCAUGACUAUGUCUUACGGGUGAGGAGGGCUGUAAUCAUAGGUUGUGAAAAAGAUGUGGGAAAAACCUCCUUUUACGGAUUCACAGCCUACUGCCUGGUGUCCUUUCUCUAGAUCUCGGGACACAGAGGGUUCAGCAACAUCCCGCAGAGAAAAGAAAGUCAGGCCCGUGCUCAUGUCAGAUACAUUCACUUCCCGACGGGAGCUAGAGAUGAGUGGCUGAAGGCUCUUGUGCUCAACAGGAACAUCAGGAAAGGAUUCUUGAAUCACUACAGGCAGAGGCCUCGGGAGAGAUUUGAUGAAGAUUUUACAAUGGACAAAUACCUGGUGGUUCACCCUGAUUUCCUCAGAUAAAUGAGAAAUAAGUUUUUAAAAUCUGAAAGUCUGGAAAAGCCCUACUGUUGGCUGUACAGACCCACAAUGCUGACUGCCCUCCACCUCUGUGACUGGUGAGCCCUCUGUCUUUCCCACGUGAGUGCCUGUGGCUACAUCACAGAGGGAAGCGAGAAGUACUCAGAUGGCUACUAUGACAAGGACUGGGAACAUCUGAUUUUCUAUGCUAACGACAACUUCCACCUGGAGAUGCAGGUGUGGAAAAAUCUUCAUGAUGAGAAUACCAUGGAGCUUUACCAGGGAUCCUGAUUGAGUGGCAAGGGCCAUUGCCUGGGAGAUCUCAACAACACCUCCCUGGGAACAGAAGAGGACCACCAGAGCCAAGGUUAGCUCUGGACUUCCCAGCACACUUCAUCCCCACAAAGAUAUUUCCGUCUUUCAGGACCUCUGUUCUCUCACAAUGUUUCUACAAACGUGCAAAUGCUACAGACCAGGAGAAGAACAGCAAGAAAAUGCAGCGCGCCAACAAAGAAGUCCCAUCUGGCUAUGCUGCACAGCUUUUGCUGAUGGUUGCAGGCACUGAUAUUGGGAGAGGAGAAUCCAGGAUGGAUCUGGGUAGCAUAUGGUCCAGUGUCCUGCAUCUUCAUCCAGGUUUUCUCUCUUUGCAAGAAGAUGCUCCUCAGGCUGGGGCUGCUUCUCUUCUGGGUGGAUCCUCUCCGUUCGUGGUGCCUCUCUUGGAGCUGGGGCUGUUGGCGAGGCAGGCUCCCUUGGCAGCCAGCGGAUGGAAGUGGAUGCACAGAUCCUGUCUCAGGUUGAUGUAAUUCCUGGAGGUGCUGCUCUCACUGUGCUCCCUGCAGAUAAAAAGGAUGGACUGAACACUUCCAGGUGACUAAUUUGAGAGAAGAUGAGUCUCACUUCUGCUUCCCAGUGUGACCUUGUCAUGAGACCUCCGAAGGAGCACGGCCGUCAGCUCAAGGACAGGUUAAUGCUCUCCGUGGUGCAGCAGGCAUGCUGGACUUGGUGCCCCUUGCUCUGGGGCUCCCCUGGCUGCAGGACACGUCAACGUGUUGUGGUCCUGGUGUGCAGAGUCCUUGCUUAGCUGGGCUUCGGUGCGCUUGGCUCCCAGCUGUUCCAGGAGCACUGUUUGCCCUCUUGCCAGGGGAGGUAGGAGCUCUGCAAGUCCAGGAGUGGAUGUUCUCCGUCCUUGCUGCUGGUUGGAGUGUCCCCCAUUGCCUGCAGCGUACUGGCCUUCUGAAAGGGGUUUUGUAGCAAAAUAAAUGGCACUACUUUGGCCAAGCUGAUUUUUCACCACAGCCCUCUGGCUGCUGGUUAUUUAGCGUGCGUCCCAAGCAGUUGCUUAAAGGCUGAGAUAGCGGACGACAAAGCCGGGAAAGGGCAGGACUGAGUGUUAAUGAGU